UCCGCGGGGACUUGGCCGUAGCAGGAUCCUGGGAGAGGGGAAGGGGCACGGCGGGGACCCCGGCGUCGCAGAGCCCCUAUCCGCGGGGAGCCUGCAGCGGGACCCCCAGGUUUAUAAUGGAACUUACAUCUUUGCCUAAAUUCCUUUGGACAAGUGACAACAAGCUUCUGCAUCACCAUUUUCCGGACAUAUUGGCUACUGUUCAUACCACAAAAGACAUCCCUGAAGAAGUUGUUUUUGGACCAUGCAUGCUCCAGAACACCUUGCUGGACACUGUAGCUUUUAUUGCUCUCAAGUGUUCUGAAAGACGGAACAUCCACUAUGUAUUUAAGGUAGAUGUUACGUCUGUGCACAGUCCCACAGGACUGCCUUGGAUGAGACUUGUACAAGCAGCUACCAAUAGCAAGGAGCAGAACUUGGAAGCUUACUUAGAAAACAGCCAGUUAUAUUAUCGCUCCACCAGGAAAAUCAAUAAAAAUGAGGAGUUGCUUGUCUGGUAUGAUGAGGAGCUUUCCAGCCUCUUGGGUUUCAAUGAGAUAAAACCUCAGAGUCCCCAGAAUGAGUUGAGAUGCCAAGAAUGCGACCUAGUCUUUAAAUGUGAGCAUUCCUACCUGUCCCAUGUCCGCUUCCUCUGUGUCCCAGAGAAGAGUGCCCUGCUAUGGAGAAACUUCCAGAACUCUAAGACUGAAAAGAGCAACUUAGAUGAGCAGACCACAAAUUUCCACAGUCUGGCGAGGGAUCUAGAAGUCAAAAUAGCAGCUUGUAAAGAUGAUGCACCUGGUCUUGUUGGAGAAAGGAGAGCAAAAUCUGAAGAGGCUGAGAACAACAGGAGCAGGAAAACAGUGUUGUUGGAGAAAACCAAUAAUUUGACUGAGGAACGUAACUGUGGGGGCAAGGAAGAGGUUGGGGGAGAGCAUGCAUUGGCUGGUUCUUUCUGGAAGCUUAGUUCAGGGAGGCAGUCAGCUAGGAAGGAUGUUUUAGAGCAGAAGCAGAGUGCUUUCACUGAGGUCAGGAGGAUGAAGGAGAAGCUGAGGAAUGAGAGACUGAAGGAGCCAGAGCAGGAGGAUGGCACAGUCCCAGUUGGUAAAGAGCAGGUAUCAAAGGAAGUGUUGCUGAACUCCUCUGGUAGUGCAUUCUCCUUUGUUUGGCCCACCAGAGCUCGAGGAGAACAGAAGAGUGCUUUCAGCAAACCCAGUAAGCGCCUAACAGAAAGAGCUGCAAUAAAUUCUUCUCAUCCCAUGAGUGAGUCAGCAAAGAGCCUGGGGGAGCUGUCUGGCUUCAUUGCCACCACAGACAUCAUGUGCUGCAGCACUCUUCUUAAUUCCAAGUUUUUGGUCAGUGAUUUGUGUAAUGCUCAGAUGCUGCAGACAGGCAUCACUCGGAGCAAUGUUUUCCCAUAUACCUCAGAACCGUGGCCCAAACAAGCAGGAGGACAGUUACAAAACACAACCACCACUACUUCUUCCUCCUCUUCCUCUUCUUCCUUGACUCUUCUUCCCCCCACCUUCACAUCCUUUGGAGUGGCUGCCCAGAACUGGUGUGCCAAAUGCAACCUGUCCUUUCGCAUGACAUCUGAUUUAGUCUUCCACAUGCGGUCACAUCACAAAAAAGAAUACUCCUCAACUGAAUCCCAGUGCAAGAGGAGACGAGAGGAGAAACUAACGUGUCCCAUUUGUCAUGAGUACUUCCGAGAACGCCAUCAUUUAUCCCGGCACAUGACUUCUCAUAAUUAGAGCUGUGCAGACAGAUAUCACCAAGGGACUGGGCAGGUUGGAUAAAGAAAGGAAUGGUAGUUCACUUAUAUACAUUUCUUUUUGAGUUUACAUUAAUUUCUUACAGGAAAUCACUGUUUACAAUAAUUUAUAAUAGAUACUUUGCAAAAAAAUUAUAAAAUGUUUACAAGAAUAUGAGUGGCUUGUAAGUUUUGAAAACUCAGCCUAGCCCUUGUCAACCUAUUUUUGAGGAAGUAAAAUAGUGAAAUGAAUGCACAUGCAGUGUUAAUUUGCAGAGUAGGGAACAAAAUUAUAGUUUUGCAAACGGAGUUUUCUUUGCUUACAUUUGAUUUGCUGGUGUCCGUGCAGUACAGUGUAAAUACAGAAGUAACAACCACCUCAUUGGAUGAGGAACCUUUGAGCACUAAAAAAAAUCAGAACUUAUAUGCUAAGAGAAAAGAAAUUACUAUUUCUAGCA